UGGGGGCACCCUGAGGCCCUGGGGAGGUGCUCCAGCCUAGGGGCAGGGGGUACCUAGAGAAGCGUGUUGGGGGACAUUGCAUUGGACAGGGGCUACAGCCAAGGACUGGUGGGGCAGACGUGAUGAGUAGAAGUAGCAGUCUAUGCCACCCUGGGGAGGUUCUGCUGGGGAUGGUAGCACCAACCAGCCUGUGCCUGUCAUCGACACAGACAUUUUGUGUGGGGAAAGGGGAGCUGGAUGGUGCUGGAACAGCCACGUUCCCCCCAGGUAGUCAAGGGUCAGCUGGAGUGGCUCUGGGAAGGGCUCCCCAGUGCAGGGGAAAGUGACCUACAGGAGGCCUUUCAGCUGGCCUUGGGGUGCUCAGAGGCCUGGCCAGAUGGUAAAUUGAUGGGACUGGAGCUGAUGACUCUGGGAGAAUUCCAGCGGGAGCUUUGGCCUGGGCUCUGGUGCCCAUGGGCUGUGCUCCUGGGAGAAGGCAGUAGAGUGAAGCUGCCAUCUCACCAGGGCCUGUGAAUGCUCACCUAAAUGGGUGCCCUGGCACAGGUGGCACAGCAGGGCCAGGGAGAUGCUGGGCACUGGUGGUGACCCCAAGUAACGAUGGUUUGAGCCUGUGUUUCAGUGUGUGCCAGUGAGGGAGAGCCCAGCUGCUGCCAGCGUGGUCCGGCUGCAGCAGACACUACGCACGUUCCUGCCUUGGCACUGACAUGCGCUCUGUGUUGUGUGGUUUUUGGUUUGGUUUUUGGUUCUUUUCUGCUCAUGUUUUCUUUUUCUUUCCCACCAUCUCCCCUGCCCGCCUGCCCUUCAUGCCUCAACUGCAUGCGCCAGUCUCUUUCUACACGGCGGCCCCGCUCACAUCAGCCGGGAUUCUGCCGGUCAUGCAGUCCCUGUGCCCUGACGGCCAGCGUGAUGAGUUUGGCUUCCUGCAGUACUCCAACUCCACGGUGACACAGAUUCUGGAACACCUCAGCGAGGCAGUAGAGCAAAGCAGCCUCUUCGACCCUCAGCACCCAGGACUGGAGGAGGAGCUGGAGUCGCUGCGCCGGCACCUGGAGGCCCUCAGCAGUCCUGAGCCCAGCUCCAUGGAGACCCACUUCAGCAGCCGAGCAGGAUCCAGCUUCACACUGGCGUGGGCAGCCAAGGACCAGGGUGAGCUGCGGCACUUCCUGAUGCAAAACCUGUCCCUCCCCAACAGCACAGCUGAGCUGCUCCUGGGCUCCAGCAUUGACCUGCAGGAGGUGUACCGGCAGUUCUUUGAUGACUUGCCUUUGGUACCUGAUGAGACCCAUGAGCGAGACCUGUGGGAUGGGUUUGGCCCUGGCAAGAAGAUGACGCAGCUGGAGAAGAGCUUCCCCAAUGGCUGGAGGAGCCUACAGGAAGGGCUGGUUCACAGGGUGCUGCGAGACCCAGUGGCAGCCCCACACCAGCCAGCACUGCUCCACAUGCUCUCCCAGGCUCUGGGCCUCACCAGCACUGCUGUGGCACCUGCCAUCUCUGAUAGCCCCCAGGCCUUCGUCACCGAGAUGGAGAAUGUCCUCUUCACUGGGCCAGUGCUGGAACAGCUGACAUGUGAGCGGAACCCAGGGGGACUGCACCGCCUCCUGCGCGUGUCCCCCAGGCAGCAGCCACUGCUGGCAGCAUACCAGGCACUGGCCUGCAAUGGCAGCCGAGCCACUCGGCAGGAGCGCUUUGCCCAGCUGGCCUCCAAGCUCCAGGAGCAGCUGGACACCCCCAAGAUCAUCAGCAGGCUGAAGCUGGAGAAGAUGAACAGCACAGCCACCCAGCACCGCCUCCGUGCCCUCCUCGAGGACCUGGUGGAGAUGGAGAAGGUUCUCCGGGACGUGGACAUCCUCUCGGCACUGGCUAAGCUGCUGCCCAGGGGAGCCUGUGCCAGCAAGGCCCCACCACCCACAGCCAACAGCACCAGCUGGGCCAGCGCCAAUGCCACGGCUGGCAAUGCCACAGCAGAGGAGGAAGAGGGCACUGGGGAGGGCCCAUCCAGCAUCGACAACCCCCAGGGACAGUUCUCAGCAUUCGUGCAGCUCUGGGCAGGGCUGCAACCCAUCCUCUGUGGCAACAACCGGACCAUCGAGCCUGAGGCACUGAAGCAGGGCAACAUGAGUUCGCUGGGCUUCACCAGCAAGGAGCAGCGGAACUUGGGCCUCCUUGUGCAUCUGAUGACCAGCAACCCCAAAAUCCUGUAUGCACCUGUGGGCACUGAAGUUGACAAGGUCAUCCUGAAGGCCAAUGAGACCUUUGCCUUUGUGGGCAACGUCACCCACUACGCGAAGGCAUGGCUGAACAUCUCCCCCGAGAUCCGAGCCUACCUGGAGGAGGGCAGGCUGCAGAGGCGCAUCCGCUGGCUCCAGCAGUUGACCGCUGACCUCCACAAGCAUCCAGAGAUCCUGAAUGUCUCUGACAGUGAUGUUCUCCACAACUUUCUCAAUGGCAACUUCUCCCUGCCCAAUGCCAGCAUCCUGCUCCAGCAGCUGGAUACCAUUGACAAUGCUGCUUGCGGCUGGGUCCGCUUCAUGGCCAAGGUCAGUGUGGACAUCUUCAAAGGCUUCCCGGAUGAGGAGAGCAUUGUCAACUACACACUGAACCAGGCCUAUCAGGACAACGUCACAGUCUUUGCCAGCGUCAUCUUCCAGACCAACAGGGAUGGCUCAUUGCCCCCCCAUGUCAUGUACAAGAUCCGGCAGAAUUCCAGCUUCACAGAGAAGACCAACGAGAUCCGGCGGGCGUACUGGCGGCCUGGCCCCAACACUGGUGGCCGCUUCUACUUCCUCUAUGGUUUUGUCUGGAUCCAGGACAUGAUGGAGCGUGCCCUCAUCAACACAUUUGUUGGCCAUGAUGUGGUGGAGCCUGGCAACUAUGUACAGAUGUUCCCAUACCCGUGUUAUACCCGGGAUGACUUUCUCUUUGUCAUCGAGCACAUGAUGCCCCUCUGCAUGGUGAUCUCCUGGGUCUACUCAGUGGCCAUGAUGAUCCAGCACAUUGUGACAGAGAAGGAGCAUCGCCUGAAGGAGGUGAUGAAGAUGAUGGGCCUGAACAAUGCGGUGCACUGGGUGGCUUGGUUCAUCACUGGCUUUGUCCAGCUCUCCAUCUCGGUCACAGCACUCACUGCCAUUCUCAAGUACGGCAAGGUCCUGAUGCACAGCGAUGUCCUCAUCAUAUGGCUCUUCCUUGCCAUCUAUGCUGUGGCCACCAUCAUGUUCUGCUUUCUGGUGUCAGUGCUCUACUCCAAGGCCAAGCUGGCCUCUGCCUGUGGCGGCAUCAUCUACUUCCUCAGCUACGUGCCAUACAUGUAUGUGGCCAUCCGGGAGGAGGUGGCACAUGACAAGAUCACAGCCUUUGAGAAGUGCAUUGCGUCCUUCAUGUCCACCACAGCCUUUGGGUUGGGCUCCAAGUACUUUGCGCUGUAUGAGGUGGCUGGUGUGGGUAUCCAGUGGCACACCUUCAGCCAGUCACCCGUGGAAGGAGAUGACUUCAACCUCCUGCUGUCCAUGAUGAUGCUGGUUGUGGAUGCCAUUGUGUAUGGGGUGCUCACGUGGUACAUCGAGGCCGUGCACCCGGGCAUGUUCGGCCUGCCACGGCCCUGGUACUUCCCUUUCCAGAAGUCUUACUGGCUGGGCAAUGGGCGCGUGGAGACCUGGGAAUGGACCUGGCCAUGGUCACGCAACAACCGCCUCAGCAUCAUGGAGGAGGAUCAGGCCUGUGCCAUGGAGAGCCGGAGGCUGGAGGAGACAAGGGGCAUCGAGGAGGAGCCGACCCACCUCCCCUUGGUCGUCUGCAUCGACAAGCUCACCAAAGUUUACAAGACAGACAAGAAGCUGGCGCUAAACAAGCUGAGCCUCAACCUCUACGAGAACCAGGUUGUGUCCUUCCUGGGGCACAAUGGUGCAGGCAAGACAACUACCAUGUCCAUCCUCACUGGCUUGUUCCCUCCAACAUCGGGCUCUGCUACCAUCUAUGGCCAUGAUAUCCGUACGGAGAUGGACAAGAUCCGGAAGAAUCUGGGCAUGUGUCCCCAGCACAACGUGCUCUUUGACAGGCUGACAGUGGAGGAGCAUCUCUGGUUCUACUCGCAGCUCAAGAGCAUGGCAGAGGAGGAGAUCCGCAAGGAGAUGGACAAGAUGAUCGAGGACCUGGAACUCUCCAACAAACGGCACUGCCAGGUGCAGACUCUCUCGGGCGGCAUGAAGAGGAAGCUGUCGGUGGCCAUUGCCUUCGUGGGUGGGUCACGGGCUGUUAUCUUGGAUGAGCCCACAGCUGGUGUGGACCCAUACGCACGAAGGGCCAUCUGGGACCUCAUACUUAAGUACAAGCCAGGGAGGACCAUCUUGCUCUCCACACACCACAUGGAUGAAGCUGACCUGCUGGGGGACCGCAUUGCCAUCAUCUCCCAUGGGAAGCUCAAGUGCUGUGGUUCCCCAUUGUUCCUCAAGAGCACCUAUGGUGACGGCUACAAGCUGACAGUGGUGAAAAAGCAGUCGGACAUCAGGAAUGGCACAGAGCCAGGCCAGCCACAUAGCCCCCUGGGCCACUCCUCUGUCAGCCCCUGCUCUGAGCCUCGUGUCUCCCAGUUCAUCAAGAAAUAUGUGGCCUCCUGCCUCCUCAUCUCAGACACCAACACAGAGCUCUCCUACAUCCUGCCCAGUGAGGCUGUCAAGAAGGGCUGCUUUGAGAGGCUCUUCCAGCACUUGGAGCAGAGCUUGGAAGAGCUGGACCUCACCAGUUUUGGGUUGAUGGACACCACGCUGGAGGAGGUCUUCCUGAAGGUGUCUGAGGAGGACCAGUCUCUGGAGAACAGUGACGUGGACAUGAAGGAGUCCAAGGAUGCCCUGCAGCCACCCACCUCUGAGCUGGGCCCAAAGUCUGAAGCCAAUGGGGAGCCCCUGGCCGAAGCGGCCGUGCCAGAGAAACCUGAGGUGGAGCUCAGCAACCUUGUGACCUGCUCCAAGCUGGCACAGUCGCAGGCAUCCCUGCGCUCAGUGUCCUCGGUGGGCUCCGUGCGUGGCGAUGAAGGUGGGGCUUAUUCCGAAUUCUUUGGGGAUUAUGCGCCCCUGUUCGAUAACCGGCAGGACCCCGAUAACGUCAGUCUGCAAGAACAAGAAGCAGAGGUAGAAGCAGAGGAUCGUGACCUGGCAGGCCAGGGGAGCUUCAAGCUGGAAGGCUCAUGGCUGAAGCUGCGCCAGUUCCAUGGGCUGAUUGUCAAACGCUUCCACUGCGCCAAGCGCAACACCAAGGCACUCUUCUCGCAGAUCCUCCUGCCUGCCUUUUUCGUCUGCGUGGCCAUGACUGUGGCGCUCUCUGUGCCUGAAAUAGGUGACCUGCCACCCCUUAUCCUCUCACCAUCCCAAUACCACAACUACACUCAGCCCAAGGGCAACUUCAUUCCGUAUGCCAACGAGGAGCGGCGUGAGUACCGAAUUAGGCUGUCUCCUGAUGCCAGCCCUCAGCAGCUGGUGAACACUUUCCAUCUGCCUUCUGGUGUGGGGGCCACCUGUGUGCUCAAGACACCCUUCAACAACACGCUGGACCAGCCCAUGCAGACCCUUAACCUCAACAGCAAUGAGUCCAAGAUGCUGGCAGCCAAGUACUUUGGUGCCAUGUGUAUCGACUCCUUCACCCAGGGCCUUCCACUUUCCAACUUUGUGCCACCACCUCCAUCCCCGGCUCCCUCUGACUACCCCAUGUCAGUGGAUGAGGACCUGCUCCAUGCCUGGAACUCCACAAUCUUCUCCACUGUUAAAGGGACCGUGACCUCAGCCCCUGCCCUGCCCCGCAUCAUCCAUGAGCCCAUCAAGUGCACAUGCUCCAUGCAGGGGACUGGCUUCUCCUGCCCUAGUGGUGUGGGGGGCCAUCCCCCGCAGAUGAAGGUGGUGACGGGGGACAUCCUGACAGACAUCACAGGGCGCAAUGUCUCUGAGUAUCUGCUCUACACCUCAGACCGCUUCCGGCUGCACAGGUAUGGGGCACUCACGUUUGGGAACAUCCAGAAGUCCAUCCCAGCCUCCUUCGGAGCCAGGGCUCCGGCCACAGUGCGCAAGAUUGCUGUGCGGAGAACAGCCCAGGUCUUCUACAACAAUAAAGGCUACCACAGCAUGCCCACUUACCUCAAUGCCCUCAACAAUGCCAUCCUGAGAGCCAACCUGCCCAAGAGCAAGGGCAACCCUGCUGCCUAUGGCAUCACAGUCACCAAUCACCCCAUGAACAAAACGAGUGCCAGCCUGUCCCUGGAUUACCUCCUGCAAGGCACAGAUGUGGUGAUCGCCAUCUUCAUCAUUGUGGCCAUGUCCUUCGUCCCAGCCAGCUUUGUAGUAUUCCUGGUGGCCGAAAAGGCCACCAAGGCCAAACACCUGCAGUUUGUGAGUGGCUGUGACCCCGUCAUCUACUGGUUGGCCAACUACAUGUGGGACAUGCUAAACUACCUGGUGCCAGCCACGUGCUGCAUCAUCAUCCUGUUCGUGUUUGAUCUCCCAGCAUAUACCUCUCCUACCAACUUUCCUGCUGUCCUCUCCCUCUUCCUGCUCUAUGGCUGGUCCAUCACUCCUAUCAUGUACCCAGCGUCCUUCUGGUUUGAGGUGCCCAGCUCUGCUUACGUCUUCCUCAUUGUCAUCAACCUGUUCAUUGGCAUCACAGCCACUGUCGCCACGUUCUUGCUGCAGCUCUUUGAGCAUGACAAGGACCUGAAGGUGGUGAACAGCUACCUGAAGAGUUGUUUCCUUGUGUUCCCUAACUACAACCUGGGCCAUGGCCUGAUGGAGAUGGCCUACAAUGAAUACAUCAAUGAGUACUAUGCCAAGAUUGGGCAGUUUGAUAAAAUGAAAUCACCCUUCGAAUGGGACAUCGUGACACGGGGGCUUGUUGCCAUGACAAUUGAAGGCUUUGUUGGCUUCUUCAUCACCAUUAUGUGCCAGUACAACUUCUUCCGAAAGCCCCAGCGCCUGCCCGUCUCCACCAAACCCAUCGAGGAUGACAUUGACGUGGCCAAUGAGAGGCACCGGGUCCUGCGUGGUGAUGCCGACAACGACAUGCUAAAGAUUGAGAACCUCACAAAGGUGUACAAGUCCCGCAAGAUUGGGCGCAUCUUGGCUGUGGACCGGCUGUGUGUGGGUGUGCGCCCUGGGGAAUGCUUUGGGCUACUGGGUGUCAAUGGUGCGGGCAAGACCACAACAUUCAAGAUGCUGACAGGGGAUGAGAGCACCACAGGUGGAGAGGCCUUCAUUAACGGACACAGCAUCCUGAAGGAGCUCCUGCAGGUCCAGCAGAGCUUGGGCUACUGCCCCCAGUUUGAUGCGCUCUUUGAUGAGCUGACGGCCCAGGAGCACCUGGAACUCUACACCCGCCUGCGUGGCAUCCCCUGGAAGGAUGAGGAGCGGGUGGUCAAGUGGGCACUGAAGAAGCUGGAGUUGACCAAGUAUGCAGACAAGCCUGCCAGCACCUAUAGUGGUGGCAACAAGAGGAAGCUAUCCACAGCCAUUGCACUCAUUGGAUACCCAGCCUUCAUCUUCCUGGAUGAGCCAACCACAGGGAUGGACCCCAAGGCACGGCGCUUCCUCUGGAACCUCAUCCUGGAUGUCAUCAAAACGGGUCGCUCCGUGGUGCUCACGUCUCACAGCAUGGAGGAGUGUGAGGCCCUCUGCACCCGCCUGGCCAUCAUGGUGAACGGGCGGCUCAAGUGUCUCGGCAGCAUUCAGCACCUGAAGAAUAGGUUUGGUGAUGGCUACAUGAUCACAGUGCGCACCAAGUCCAACCUCAAUGUCAAGGAGGUGGUGAGGUUCUUCAACCGUAACUUCCCUGAGGCUGUCCUCAAGGAGCGUCAUCACACCAAGGCCCAGUACCAGCUGAAGUCAGACCAGAUCUCACUGGCACAGAUCUUCAGCAAGAUGGAGCAGGUGGUGGAUGUGCUGGGCAUUGAAGACUACUCUGUCAGCCAAACCACAUUGGACAAUGUGUUUGUGAAUUUUGCCAAGAAGCAAAGUGACAACCUGGAACAGCAGGAGACCAGCCCCAACUGUGUCCUGCAGUCACCCCUGGAGCGCAUGCUGAGCCUGCUGCGCCCCCGCACUGCUCCCACUGAGCUGCGGGCCCUUGUGGUGGAGGAGCAGGAGGACUUGGAGACUGAUGACGAAGGCCUCAUCAGCUUUGAGGAAGAGAGGGCUCAGCUCUCCUUCAACACCGACACGCUGUGCUGAGACUCCGGGGACAACCAUGUUGUCGAGCCACCAAACCCUUUUGGCCUUUCCCCUCCCUUUGCCCUGUGGAGCGGAGUUGCCGCAGCCGGAGCCACAUGCCAGGGAGGACACAGUGGGUACAGCAAUGCCUGGAUGGACCUCGCAAGCCACCACUGCGUGGCUUUUUCCCCCUUCAGCUCCAGAGCAGCAUCACUGUGUGGUGCUGGGGGCAUGGUCCUCCACAUGCUGUGGAUGGAGACUGUGAAGGCAAGGACAUGGCUUGGUGCCAGCACUGCCAGUCCCACUCACUUUGGGGCAGAGCAACAUGCCUGUGAGCAGUGCCUUUGGGCACCCAUGUUGCACUCACUCUGGGGACCCUUGGCCUUGUGUGCUUCCCAGGCCUGGCCCCGUGGAGCUAGAAGAAGGAUGGCUGCUUCCACAUCACCCCUGGCUGAUGCUGCCCUGGGCACCACUGGGGCAGGUGCUCUGGUGCUUCACCCAUGACCGAUUUCUGUCACCAGUGGGAUGUCACUGAGAGUCUCAGCCCCACUGGUACAUCCUGCCCACCUUGGGGUCUGUUGGCCCCAGCUCUGCCUGGCCUUGGGCACUGGCUUUAUCCCCAGGCAGCAGUGGUGUUGCAGAGGCACACAGCAGGGGUAGAGGGGUAUUUCACAGGGUAUUUCACAUGCUGGCACCAGCUGUUUCUCCCCUCUGCCUCUAAUCGUGUCCCUCACCCUCAAGUGCAAGUGCACUGCCACCUGCCUGCCCUGACCACUUGCUUCCCCUAUCACAGGACAUUGCUGCAGCCCUGCCCCCUUUCUGCUGUGUCCCCUUCCACAUUGCUCUUGCCCUGACACUUGUUCCUCAGUGUCCAGCCUUGUACAGGAACCACCUGCACUAGGUUCUUAUUGCUGGGUUGCUGGUGGUACUGGGAGAGGGGUUGCAGCACCCCGGGAUGGUUUUGGAAGCUGGUAGUGGGGUGGCCUUGAGGUACAAGGUCGCGACAGUCCAGGUGGGUGCAGGUGUAGCCUGGCAGUGGUGCCUGGGGUGGUGGGGAGGGAAGGAUGGACUGCAGUAGUGGGACUGCCAGAGUCACUGGCCAGCAGCGGGCACCCCCUCAGCCAGCAGUGGUCCUCCUUUUUGCAGAGGGUCCUGCUGCCUUGUCACCCACUGGGACCAUGGCUGGUGCCUGCAGCUCUCAACAAGCUGCAGCUGUGCCUAGAGAUGGGGUGGCAGCAGGGCCUGUGAUGCUGACCCCACCCCCUCCCCCACUGCUGGGUGCCACAGUCUUUGGCAGCAUCCCAGGGUGGCCAUGCACCUUCCUGGGGAGCACCCAUGGUCCCUCUGCCCUGUGUGCUCUGAUACCUUCUCUGCCUCCCUGGCACAGGCUUGGUUGGAUGCCCUGAGCAGCACCAGGCACCUCAGCUGGGUGCUAUAGGAGGUGGGCAGAGGCUGGCUCUGGCCCCACUUGGGUACAGAAGCAGGGUGUGACCUCAACUGUCUCUAUGCCCCUUGAUCUCAUCAGCCCCAUAUACCACCUGCUAUAGAUUGUGAUACAAUAUACAGUAUUUUCAAUAGGGGGAAAACUGGGGGAAGAAGCUCUAUUUUCAGAUUUUUCAGACCGUAUUUUUUUUAAUGGCAAAUGGGAAACUGGGUGGAUCUGGGAUGGGGUGGAGGGCACAGGGGGGCAGCCCCCAUCAGCAUCACCCUGCUCCUAUGCUGGCCACACUCUGUCUUCCCCAGGUGAUGCUGGGGGGCAAGCCAGCUCAAAGUUUGCCCUUUGCCAUCAGGGAGAGGGAACAGUGUCAUCUUUGAGUCCUCAGUUGUCACCAUGGUGGCACCCUGGGGCACCCCAGGGUGGGCAGUGCUGCUGUGCUCUGGGCUUUAUCCUCUCCCCAUACCUGCCACACUACACUCUUGCUCCAGCCUCCAGAAGGGCACUGGCACGCCAGUCACAAAGUGUCUUGCCUGUCCACUCAGUUUUCCCCCUGCCACCAUGCCGUCAUCCCCACGGCUUCUGAGGAUUAGUGGAAGUGCCCAUACAGCCUGUGUGACCAUGGUGGCCUCCCUGCCCUGCCAGCUUAGGGCUGCCUGGGCACAGUUGCUGCUAGAGUCACUUCAAGGGUGGGAGCAGGAAGGUAGCACCCCAUGGCAUUGUCCCAGGACAGGGGUGGCUCCUGCUUUAACACUGUUCAUUUUGUUGACUUUGGCCCCGCUUCUGGCCUUGCCUCCCCCUGCACGUCCUUGGCCACCAGCUGUGGGCAUAGUGCCAGUGCCAUGCUCAGCCCCAGGCAUGGGCCCCCUGGGGAUGGGGACGUCUUGGAGCUGCCUGUAUAUUGCUACAAAACAAAAAGAAGAUAAAAUGUGAAAAUAAUGACCAUUUUAAAUAAAAAAUAAUAACUGGA